GCAGGGGGAGGAUAUUUGGGGACGGGGGGGAGGGCUGCUGAGCGCUGGAGAGACGGGGGGCUCCACACUGACGAAAUCUCCGUGUCAAUGAGCCGGCUCGGGUGAAUUGUGGGCGCACAGCAUCGGCCGGGACACCCAGAAGUGAUCGGCGGUGACCCGGAACCCGCCCGGUGCCCGGGGCGUGUGUCAGGCCUCUCCCGUCGGCCCGGGGUCUGUGCCCGCUCCCACGGCAGGAUGGCCGAGCCACGCUUUAACAAUCCUUAUUUUUGGCCUCCACCUCCAGCGAUGCCCAGCCAGCUGGAUAAUCUCGUGUUAAUCAAUAAAAUCAAGGAGCAGCUGAUGGCAGAGAAAAUCCGACCUCAUCAUCUGCCUCCCACCUCCGUCCCCUCGCAGCAGCCCCUGCUCAUCCCCCAGUCACCUGCUGAGACCAGCCAGUCCGUCAUGUCCCUGCAAAAGCUACAACAAGUUCCAGGACUGCACCCGCAAGCUGUACCCCAGCCAGAUGUGGCGCUGCAUGCCCGGCCUGCCACCAGCUCAGUCACAGCGUUGUCUUCGCUUUUAGGGCUGGGUCUUUCAUCCUCCCGCUCAAAUAUCAGCACGUCAGAGUCAAGCACCGGUACCAGCGGCACCCUCUCCACCCCCACCUCCAACAGUCAGACUCGGCUCAUUGCAACCUCCCCCACCCUCAUCUCAGGAAUCACGGGUGCACCCAUGCUGGAUUCCAUCAAGACCAUCCAUAGCCACGGCCUGCUGGGACCAACCAAACCCGAGAGAGGACGCAAGAAAAUCAAGGCAGAGAACCCGCCCGGACCACCCGUGCUCGUCGUCCCCUACCCUAUUCUGGCCUCAGGAGAUAUUGGAAAAGAGGGAAAAACUUACAGGUGUAAAAUUUGCCCAUUGACCUUCUUCACCAAGUCUGAGAUGCAGAUUCACUCCAAGUCUCACACUGAGGCCAAACCUCACAAGUGCCCGCACUGCUCCAAAUCGUUUGCCAAUGCUUCAUACCUAGCACAGCAUCUGCGCAUCCAUCUGGGCGUGAAGCCCUAUCACUGCUCGUACUGUGAGAAGUCCUUCCGCCAGCUCUCUCAUCUCCAGCAGCACACCAGGAUUCACACUGGGGACCGGCCUUACAAGUGCCCGCAGCCUGCCUGUGAAAAGGCCUUCACACAACUCUCCAACCUGCAGUCUCACCAACGGCAGCACAACAAAGACAAACCCUACAAGUGUCCAAACUGCUACCGGGCGUACACAGACUCUGCUUCCCUCCAGAUCCACCUCUCAGCCCAUGCCGUGAAACACGCCAAGGCAUACUGCUGCAGUAUGUGCGGGAGAGCGUACACAUCGGAGACCUAUCUGAUGAAACAUAUGUCCAAGCACACAGUGGUCGAGCACCUGGUCAACCACCAUUCUCCUCAAAGGACCGACUCUCCUGGCAUUCCAGUUCGAAUUUCCCUGAUAUAGAGAACGUGCAGCCCAAGAGAGGGUGACCAGACAGCAGCGGCUGACCAAGCUACCCUCCAUUAGACACCUGCCCCGGACAUCAAUUCCAGACUGAAGCUCCAGAGCUGGUGCAGGUGCGUCGGGCUUAGGUUUGGACACCAUUAUUUCUGUCAUCAGCUGCUUGAGGACUCCUUUCACGGCCUCUUGACACAGACAGACUUUACCUCUGGAUUAUUGCAUUCUUCUCACUGGUCGCCCUCGGGAAUCAAGUCCUUCUAUGUGUCAUACUAGAGACAAGCCGGAUGUUACUCUGGAGCCACAGAACCUCUGAUGGAGCCGCCUGUUGGGAUGGCUCUGGAAUGGCUGAAUUUUGCAGUCCUGCGCUGUUAUCCGAUCUAAGUCUCCAUGCUCAUCGAUUCGGUGACGUCCGGAGUCCCUAGCCGAGCACUUUGAAUCUCUCACGUUUUAUAUCUGUUUAUGUUUCUUUUUUAUCCUCCAUUUUUUACAUAUAAAAAAAAAACUAAUAAUAAAAAAAAUCCUAUUUAUUGGCCAAGAAUCUGUGCUGCUAAUCGGGGAAAUGAGACUUAGCGGAGUCUGCAGAGGGUGGAGGUGCAGAGCGGCAACUUAGCAAUUUUGUUUAUACCCAGCUCCCCUACAACCUGUGCUGAACCCUCCGGGAACCGCGCUGCUCGGCCCGGAUAUAUCUUCUGGUUUAGCUCGCUGUGGACGCGGCGGGGAGUAGAACAAGGUUCAGGUUCGUGUCUUUGGGUACCGGGACAGAUAACACCUUUGGCUUCAGGUCAUGCACAGUAUCAGAUCUGGUUCUGAGUAUUAUGGCGCCCAGAUGUUGUGACAGUCGACCCUGUUACUUUAACCAUUUCACCGUUGUGUCAUCAGUAACCAUGCCACAGGAGAACACGGGCAAUAAAGGCUCCCAUAAUGCACCAGUGCACCCAGUUCAUAUUGCAAGCAGUGUGUACUGGGGAAUGCAGCUGGAAAUCUGAAGAAUAAGCCACUGGGCGUCCGGUGCUGUAUUCUUCAUGCCUUCUUGUCUGGCCUCGUACAGCCCAGUUGCAGUGACAUUUAGUGCGCUGCAGUUUGGCGUAAUAAAUGUAGUAGUUCUAUAUGAGCCCAGACGGACGGCUUCAUUACCUCAGAGGUAUGUAUGACUGCAGGGUGGUUGUCAUAUUCUGUCCCUACCAUGAGGAGGCGCUGCAGAUACGCGCUGUGUAGUGUUACACGUUGUCGUGCGCUCCUCUGCGCUCUGUGUGAUGCUUGCGGGUUCGGCUCUAGGAUUAGAGGGAUAUGGAGAGGGCUCAUCAGUGAUUACUGAGGCCUUGAGGUCAGGCCUGGCACUUAGCAAUAUGUCUCUUUGUUAGCUGUUGUGUGGGUGUUGGGGGGCACUUACCUCUCAGGCUCUUUACUCAGGACUCUUGUUGCUGAUUCUGUUCCAGGUACUUGGGUUAAUGGUGCACUGAACAUACUGAGGCCAGUGCUUGGCACAUAUAGUGGUUUACUGUAGUUGGCAUCAGAGAGAUGGGCAGAGGAACGGGCAGCCAUGCUGUGUGCACCAUUCAUCUCAUCUGGAGCUGGUUUUCUGCAGUGCCGUGGUGCCUGGAGUAGAGAUGUGCUGCUGUCGACAUGGCAGCAUGUCAGUUGGUGUUCUGUGGCUUCUUGGAGAGGGAUGGUUUAGGUUGUACGGGCUUAGGGUCCAUUGCUUGCGGUGAUGCACCUGAGCUCUGAGGCUUGGGGUCCAUUGCUUGCGAUGAUGCACCAGAGCUUUGAGGCACAGCUCCUGAUCAUCAUAACCUCCCCACGUGACCGUACCACUCCAACUGUAGUGCAGGCCGGUUUGUCUAGCUGUGGUGUUUAUCAGGAGAUCCUUCUGGUCACUGCUGGAUGUGGUGAAAUGGCCGAGCAGUAUAAGACACUGCAGACAGUAGUGUGCAGCCUCUCAUACUUGCUUAUCUGAAGUCCACGGUGUGCGUAACUGCCGCUGUGAAUCCUUGAGUCACUAGUCCAUGUAAUACACGGAGAGAAUUGAUUCACCUGUUACCCUUUCAAAUGACCCUCAAAUCCCUUCCCAAAUUCCCACUGAAUCAGUGGAAGCAAUCCCCUCCACCAGGCAUUGUGAGGGUGGCCAUACACAAUAGACAGAAGCAGUCUCCUGAACCACCAUUACACACACAGCUCUGCACAUUUUAUUGUACUCACUCAUUUUAUUUCACUACAGACAUGAUCUUCACUCGCUGUCCCCAAUGGGGCUCACAAUCUAAGUUCCCUAUCGGGAUGUCUUUGGAGUGUGGGAGGAAACUGGAGAACCCGGAGGAAACCCACGUAGACACAGGGAGAACAUACAAACUCCAUGGACCCCAGCACUGCAAGGCACCAGUGCUAACCACUGAGUCACCGUGCUGCCCCAUUUAAAUCUAUAUUGGCUGUGACAGUCCUUCAGACUGGCCAUGUGUGUUCAAUGACCCCGACGACCGAUCGUUGUUAGAACGAAAGAUCCUUCAUCCAAUUAUCCAAAAAUUUGAAUCAAGCCAACCUCUUUUCAAAAGAUGAAGGUGUCAUGUAUGGAACAUAGUUAAGAAUCGGGAUAUGUUCUGGUGUGGUAUACUGUGGGGUGCGUUGCCAUGAUCUCACUGGGCAGGCGAGUGGAUAUUUAACUGUGGGGAAUGCUAUGGGUCAACCCUAGUCUUGUUGUUCUUCAGCCUUUUCCUGGUCUGAGAAGUGAUCCAAGAUCUGCUGCUCAUCAGGACUUUGGGAGAGUCAAUUGACCUGCUUUGAUGUUCUCUGUUGGGUUAAACAAGUGAAUGGACUCUUGUUCUGUGGAGCGCUGAUAGUUGCGAGUUGGAUCCUGAAGUCACCAGACUUGAGUGUGGCCCUAAGACGCCAGACCUGAAGUCUUGUUGUGCAGCAUAAAUAAUGAUUCCUCUUCCGGACGACCAAAUCGCUUUACUUUUCUGGCCUAAUAGCUCAAGUGGUGGUGGUGGGGGUUGUCUCAUUCUCCAUCCGACUGCUCCUUAUGCUUUUCUUUACCAUUCCCUCCAUCACAGGACGCCACCUCCCUGACACGUGUUUGCCGCUCUGUGCGGACCAUGUGCUGGUCUGUUGCUUUUUUUUAUAAAGUUUGUGUUACGAGUGGUGUUACCAAAAGUCAAAACCAGUUACCUCUCCUCCUGUGACCCCCCUCCAUCAUCAGGUUCUGGGGGACACAGCGUGUCGUAGACCUAUGUACUGACCCUUCUUGUACUGUUGAGUCUUUUAGUUUCUUCUGCUGGGAGGGAUCACAUCGUUCGUCCUUUCACUUUGUGGAAAGCUUUAAGAUAUCGUGCUCUGUGCGAUGUAGGUAGCGGCUCCGCCCCGGUGAGAGGACGCUUGCUUAUCGCUGAUACCCGCUUCCUCUCGGAUGUUGAGCUGAUGUUCUCCGGCUCACAGACCAGAAAGGGGGAGGGGUCACGGUGAACGCCGAUCCUGCUGACAUUUCAUGGGGCUGUACCGAGCAGCGGUGUAACUCUGUAUCCGCCCCUCCGAUUAAAUAUCUCUGUAUCCGAUCCUCAAACUAUAACUGUUAUUUUUAUACGCGUUUUAAGCCUUAACUAUACAGUUUAUUUUACCAGUUGUAUGUUUUAUUAUCAUUUGUUUCCUUUUUUUUCUUUCUGUUAUUAGGCUGAAUUUGGCUGCCCCUUCUCCUCCCGCUUCUAAUGUGUUGUAUAAGGGUUAUGCAAGGACUGACCUUACCCCCCCCCCCCCUCGGCAUGUUAAUAAUGUGUACAUAUGCUAAUAUACUGAUUAACACUUUCUUUUUCUAUAUGAAAAUACAAGCCACAUGUAUGUAGAGCCUAGCUAUCUCAUUCGAGGCAAUGAUGGGGGUGAUACUUCCUCCAUCCAGACAACUGAACUAAUUCACAGCUGAGAAAUCUGUUUCAUUAUGUAUAAAAAAUAAAAAAAUGAGGAAAAUGGAAAAAAAAAAGUUGGAAAGUUGCUAUUUGUAUCUGUUGUGAAAAUAAACUUGUAAAUGCAACCUUUGUAUAAA